CACCUACCGAAUUUCAGCUACCAUAGCAUAGAAAAUCUUCAAAAUAGCAAACGCAAACACUGCUCUAUCGAGUUGAGCUGACGUAAUACCUGUGGUAAUACUUUUCACCACUCAGACACCUGUCAUUCGUGUUUUUUAAAUAGUGAUGGUUGUGUUUGUGUUUACAUAAACCGCGAGGCAACAAAUCAAUAAAAACCAGGCAGCGUGACAGCUGAUAAGGUUGAUAAGGACGUUCAGCGGCGGUGCGGUAUCCAAUGCCCUAUAUUUUAGUACGUGGCAAUUUGGCGGCCUAUGGGCAGAGGUACCCUUGGAGAGUGCUCGUUUCUGGUUUAAAAGCUGCAGAUAUAGAACAGUUAAAUAGGUUUGCAUCGGGAGGUUAUUGCGACGAUUGCACGAUAGUUUACAUGCAACAUCCUUGCGUUAUUUUAACUGCUUUAGAAGUGUUAGGGUACAAAGUGGUAGCUUCUUCGUCGACCAGUGUGAAACAAGACUACAAUGAGUACAUGUGGACUAUGAGAAAGGAAUUUUCUGAACCCGAACCGAUUGUAUCGCCCACUGCAGACACACACGUGAGAGACCAUAAAAUAUCAUCUGGAGAAGAGGAGGUAUAGAAUUUACACAAAGUUAAUAUUUGACA